AUGGAAAGGAACGAGGAAGCCAUGGGCAUGGUUAGUGACUCCACGAAGGAAGGCAUUUUACUCCCAGUUGUGACACAAGUACCCCUCACCAUUGGCGGCAAGCUCCGCGAACUGGCUAUCGCUGUGAGGAGCUUGGAGCUUCGGGAACGAGUUAUCGCUGCGGGGAGCUUGCUUUCUCCCCACCCACCAUCAACAAUAGCACUGCAAGAGAUGGAUGACAACGUAAUUUCAGAAUUACCAUGUGUGCCUUGGACAGAUGUCAUCAGUGUUGAUGAAUGGCUGAAGACACAACCAUGGGAAACAUUUAAGGAAAAAUUCAACAAUGAUGGAUACUUGAUAAUUGAGAGUAUUCUUGAUAAACAGGAAGUGGCUGUUUAUCGAGACCUGGUGGAGAAGAUGCUGUCAGGGGAGAUAAACACGUCAACUCACCGACAUGAUCUCGGAAACCAUGCGGACAGGAAGAGAAGUGACAAGGAGAAUAUCUGCCAGAUUAUGUGGCCUAGUCUCUUUGUGGACCGCUUGAAUGAGGGUCCACUCCAUGCACGAACAAUGGCCGUGGCUAAAAUCAUCAUUGGAGACGAUUCUGGGUUUGACUUUGACAUGGUCCUGUCUAAGGCUCCUCACACCGGAACAGAGACACCAUGGCACCAGGACGAGUCCUACUGGCCAGCCCUCGAUGACAAGCGCUCUGUCAGCUUCUGGACGGCAAUGGAUGACGUGUUCCGAGAUUCUGGAUGUAUGUGGUUCUCGCCUGGCUCUCACAAGAAAGGUCUUCGAGCUCACAGACCCCAGAAAGAGGGAUGCCAUGUUCUGACCUGUGAGGGCAGUGAGGCAGAGGGCUUCCCUGCAGAGAUCAAGGCGGGUUCAUGCACUCUCCACCACGGCCGCACACUGCACUACACCCGCGGCAACACCACCGAUAACCAGCGUCGUGCCUUCGUCACAGCGUACCGGCCAACAGAUAUGAUCACGUCCAUGAGAGAAAGGGGCUUCGAUCAUGGCAAAAGGGGGCUUGCUAAUUCUGGACUUCUAAAUUCUGGGCAAACCCACCAGGGAGACCAGGAGUAGUCAGCAUCCCUAUCAGACAGCGCCAUUCGUACAGGCUCAUGUACUGGAGUACAAGAAGUAUUAUUCAAGAAGGCUCCUUGGCAUCCACAAUGAUUAAUAAAUCAUUGUCAUCAGUCAUUGCAGUAUGUCAUUGUAAUAUAUCCUUGUUAUACAAAUGGGAGGGAGUGUGUGGUGCAGUCACACUGGUUGGGAAAAAAUGAAAUGGGAUUCAAAGCUUGGACAUGUUCUUUUAACUUCACAAAAUAUUUCCCUUGAUGGAAUUAUCAUGUGUCAAAUGUGAAAAAAACCAUUUGACUCAGGGAAUGUGACUAUUGUGUUCAUCGUAUAACAUAUUUUUAACAAAAACAUUGAUUUAGGUUUGUUGUUUUCAUUCUGCUAUCAUCCAUUGUAUCAUGUGACAUAUGUGAUGACUCACAGUUGGUUGAGUGUGUAGAAAGGAGUGCUACAGAAAAUGUCUGAUAACAAUGUAUUAACAAUGUCAGUAUAUGCCAUUGGUUCCAAAUGAAAUGUCUGGUGAUUGAAAAGUCAAUAACACCAUAAGAUCUGAAAACACUCCAUUUUUAUCUCCUAAAGAAGGCUUGCUAGCCAAAACCACGGUAGGUACAGGUCUCUGCUUCUUACCUUCUUAGUGACAGCACACAGACAGCACUAAUGCUGUGUGGCCAAUUUCCUGUAAUAUAUAUAUAUAUUUUUUACUGAUGUUUAACCUAUUUAUUUGUUCACUGUUAGUGAUGUAGACCAUGCACUGAUAUCUGCUUGUGACAAUAAUUGUCAGAUGUCAUACUUAUUGACUCAACAGUUUUAAUAUAAAGUCUCUGAAUGUCAAGAUUAUAGGGAUCUUAAUGGAAGAGUUAUUCUUGCCUAAACUAUUUGACUAGGGUUGCUUCUUGUUUUCAGCAUCCAAGGAAAAAUUGCAAACAUGUGUUUUAUGUUUUGUUACAUGUUGUUGUUUGUUUGUUGUUUAAUGCUGCACUUAGCAAUAUUCCAGCUAUAUGACAGCAGUCUGUAGAUAAUCGAGGCUGGACCAGACAAUCCAGUGAGUGAUGUCAUGAGCAUUGAUCCACGCAAUUGGGAUACGAUGACAUGCAUCAACCAAGAUCUUCACAGGUCGUGUUUCAUGUAGUCAGAUGCAAGGACUAAGAUGGUUAAUGCCCUGUAUUUGCACAAUUUGUGAACAGACACCUUCCCAUGGUGGAUCAUUGUCGAUACUGUGUGUCCACACAAAUCAGGCAAAUAAGCAGUGUUCGUGGAAAAUAGGUGGAUGGGUCGCCAUGUUCAGCGGCUUGACUCCCGAGAGUUUCAAGGGCUUCAGUUCUCCCCAACACUGAAGCACGUGUAACAUGUGGUGUAUUGACUUUGUUCAAACUAUGCCUCUAUUCACCCAGCAAUAAAUUAUGUGAUGGAAUAUGGUCUUGCCACUCAGUAAAACUGAUCCUCGGGGAGCAUUUUCUUUCUGCUUUUGAGAUACACUUCAAAAUAGAUAGGUAGCCCACAACAGCAGUCACCUGAGAACGAGUUCUUGUUUUCUUGCCGGACAGUUUUGGUAUCUGUGCAUGAAAAGUGAAACAGGAUAUUCAAAGAAAGGCUCUGUUGAUGUAAAGAGGGUUUUGUCAGCCAAAUGGUACGGGAAGGUAGCUUUGAUCAUUGUCAUUAGGCCUGAUCCUUUGAUAUUGUGUGUCUCUUGAUAUUUGAACCAUGUCCUCAGAUAAAAGAUAUUUGUGAAUAGUUAUUUGCGAAGUCGUACAUAUCCAGUUUGUAAUUCGGAUAUUAUUUGAAAACUUUACUUUUUUUGCUGAUAAUCUACAUUCCUCUCAACAACCAAAAUGCAUUGAUCAAAGCCAUCUACCUCCCUACUGUCUAGAUUGGGUGUGCAGGUAUUGAAUGUUCAUGUAUUGUUUUAUGAAUGUCUUGUUAUGCAUUUUUUUAUCUUCAUCUUCUAUGUAUAUUAUUUCACUUUUUUUUAAUUAUAUGGUGACUGCUGUCCUUUUACUUCAUGAUGCCAUAUUUUAUUACCCAGUGUACAUAGUUUUGCUGGUCUGAAUGGAAAAUCAACUCAAGGCAUAAAUAUAGUGGCUCUGUACAACCCAACAUUUCCAGGCACAUGCCAGGUGAGCCCUUGAGACUGAUUGCUUUAUACACUCAGAAAAUACUUGAUAGGUUUGUUUGUACUGUUCUAGACAGGGUAUCAUAAUGUAAUAAACAGUAUUUUUCUAUUGCCA